AUGGAAGCCGAAGCCAGAGCCGAGAUUGGCCAUGAUUGGCCGAGAUUGAGGCCAGACGAGAAGCUGUCUUUGUCGGACAUGCUGAAGGUGAAGUAUCAGGGCAUUCGCCCUGCCCCGGGAUAUCCGUCCCAGCCUGACCACCGAGAAAAGAAGACGCUGCCGCUCGCCCGGCUGCACAUCCGAUCUCCAGAACGUCCAGAAUGUCCAGACUGCAGCUCUCAGAACUUGCUGAGGUGGGACCUUCUGGAAGUGGACAGGCCGGGUAUGACGGGACAUGGCGGGACGCUGACUGAUGAGAAGAUCUCCCUGACGGAGUCCUACAUGAUGAUGCCGAGCGCAUCUGUGUCGGCUCUGGUGUUUGCCCAUCCACAGGCCAAGUACUUCUCGGUGGGCCAGGUCAAUGUUGACCAGGUGCAGCGCGGAGCUCAAGAGCACGAGAGAAUGAAGGCAUGGGCAGCGCGGGUGAAGCCGCCGUGCCUCUCAGUGCGCGAGCGAUGCCCCGAAACGGAGCUCUUUGAGGUCCUACUCCCAGCGACGCGGCGAGACCGGCGUGGAGGUGCCGACUCGCGAUGA